UCAGCUUCGAUCAAGGAUGGUGCGAGCACGAUUGCGUACGGGCUCAUGAAGUACUACAACGGCAACGAGACGGGCCAGAUACCAGGCAUCCUCCCCGAGCCAUACUACUGGUGGGAGACGGGCGCCUUGUUCGACACGCUGAUCGACUACUGGGCUCAGACGGGCGACGACGCGUACAACGCCGUCACGAAGCAAGGGCUCCUCUGGCAAACCGGCGAGAACAACGACUUCCUGCCCGCGAACCAGACCGAGGCCGAGGGCAACGACGACCAGGGCGUCUGGGCCCUGGCGGCCUUGUCGGCGGCGGAGCGCGGAUUCCCGAGCGCCUCUUCAGAUCAGGAUCAGUGGCUGGCGCUCGCGCAGAACGUGUUUGACGACUUCGCGGCCCGGUGGGACGCCAAGGUGUGCGGCGGCGGCCUGCGGUGGCAGAUCUUCACCUUCAACGCCGGCUACGACUACAAGAACUCGGCCUCCAACGGCGUCUUCUUCGACCUCGCCGCCCGGCUGUACCUGCAGACCAAGAACGGCACGUACGCGCGCUGGGCGAGCGACGUCUUUGCGUGGGAGCAGAAGGCCGGGCUCAUCAGCGACUCGUACCAGGUCUUUGACGGGGUGCACACCGCCUCGUGCGGCGAGGUCAACAAGGUCCAGAGCAGCAUGAACGCGGGCAUCUUCCUGCACGGAGCCGCGGCCAUGUACAACGCCACGGCGUCUUCGGAGUGGAAGACGAGGGUGGACGGGCUGCUCAAGGGCGUGCAGAGCACGUUUGUCAAGGACGACGUCUUGGUCGAGGCUGCGUGCGAGGAGCAGGGGACGUGCAGCACGGACAUGCAGAGCUACAAGAGCUAUCUAGUCCGCGGGCUCAAGGCGACGACGGAAUGGGCUCCUUACACGAGGCAGACGAUUCAGCCUCUGCUCUUGAGCAGCGCCCAGGCGGCUGCCGCUGCUUGCUCGGGGCCGACGACGAAGACGUUCCUGGGACGGAGCGGCACCGCGUGCGGAUUCUCGUGGCUCCAGGCGUUUGACGGAAAGACUGGCGUUGGCGAGCAGCUCAACGCGCUUUCGGCCGUCAUCUCGACGAUUUCGGGAGCAGCAGCCGCCGCUCAGGGGGGUGAUGAUGAUGGCGAGGGCUCGUCUGGGGCCGCUGCCAACGGGACGAGCACUGCUGGGUCGGGCAAGCCGAGCGGAACGUCGGGGCCUGUCAAGGCUUCCGUGACGCCUGGCGGUGCUGGGACGAGGGUUGCUGUUGAUGCUGUGGCUGCUGUUGUUGCUCUGGGAGGAGUUGUGGUUGCUUUGUUGUGAGGCUGG